AUGUCGUCAUAUCUUCUUGCUAUCAUUGUCUCCGAAUUCAAAUUCAUCGAAAGGUAUAGUAGAGGAGGAGUCAGAGUACGUAUAUGGUCCCGUCCGGAAGCUGUGAAUAUGACUACGUACGCACUGGACGCUAGCACAGAGUUUUUGGAUUUCUUUGAAAAUCACUUAGGUAUCAAGUAUACACUACCAAAGCUAGAGAAAGACUGUUGCUGUAUGAUGAAAAUCUGUAUUCUCCCAUCGCGAAACACCGAGUUCUAUCAGUCGUGGCGCAUGAAAUAG